UUCCCAAAAUUUAGCAAUUCCCAACCACAACGAUAUUUACUUGUAUUCUGUCUGAACUCUGAAUAAGUUUGGGUAUCACCUAGAGUUCUCCGAUCAAUCGCCGCCGAUCAACCGUAAUUAAUGGCAUCGGCGUCGUCGACUACUCUCACCAACGUCAUGCUGGCGAUCCUCGAGAAAAAGACCAACUCUCUCGACCUCUACAGGCCGCUGCGCAACUUCAUCGCCAUCAAUUACUCCGAGCGCGAGGCGCAGAAUCUGGAGGAUGAUCUCGACACUCUCAAGCAGCUCCGCUCCGACGUCGAGCGCGGCGCCGGAUCCGACUCGCUCUCAGCUCGCCGCGACCUCCUCCAGAAUUACUAUAAAGCCCUAUGCGCGGUGGAGUCUAGGUUUCCGAUUUCGCCGGACAAGGAUCACGUCAAUACGGUGUCCUUCACUUGGUUUGACGCGUUUAAGAACCGCCAGAAGGCUUCUCAGCAGAACGUACAUCUCGAAAAAGCUGCUGUGUUAUUUAAUUUGGGGGCAGUGCACAGUCAAAUGGGACUAAGUUUUGAUCGGUCUGCUGUGGAGGGCAGGAGGCAGGCUUCACAUUCAUUUAUAGCAGCGGCUGGGGCAUUUGCAUUUUUGAGAGAUAAUGUUGCAAUGAAAGCAUCGGUUGGUAGCUCAAUCACACUGGAUAUAUCAGUUGAGUGCGUGGGGAUGCUGGAGAGGCUGAUGUUAGCUCAGGCACAGGAAUGUGUGUAUGAGAAUACCAUAGCAAAGGGAAGCAGUGCUGGAGUCUGCGCGAAGAUUUCAAGACAGACUGGGCUAUUCUACGAGGAAGCUUUUGCACCGUUGGCUGUUGCCCCUUUAAAUCAGCACCUUGACAAAGGCUGGAUUGCCCAUGUUCAGCUAAAAGCAGCUUUGUUUUAUGCAGAGGCUUGCUAUAGGUAUAGUUUAGAGCUACAUGAUAAAGAAGAAAUUGCAGAGGAAAUUGCACGCUUAAAAAGUGGGGUUAAUGCCUUAUCUGAGGCCAAAAAAACAGCUCCUAGAGGGGCAUCCCAACAGCUCUUGGAUGCAAUUAACAAAUUAGAGAUUAGUAUGAACCACAAUCUGGAAAGGGCUAUGAAGGAAAAUGACAGAGUGUACCUAAUGAGGGUUCCUCCUGCUAGUUCGUUAUCACCACUUCCCGCAUUUGCUAUGGUGAAGCCUAUGCCAAUGGGUGAGGUGUUGGAUGCAAGCAGGGAGAGGAUGUUUGCAAGUCUUGUUCCUGAUAGUAGUGCCAAAGCCCUUUCUAGAUACACCGAAAUGCUUGAUGAAAUUACUAGGACCCAGGCUGAGAAAUUACAGCAAGGAAGUGAACUAGCUCGAGUGAGACUAAAGGAAAUGGAUUUGCCUGACUCUAUUCUUGCUCUGGAAGGGAACUUCACUCUACCAACUGCACUAAAAGAAGAGGUGGAAGCAGUGCAGAUAUGUGGUGGCCCAGCUGGUUUGGAAGCUGAGCUUCAGCAACUGAAAGAUUUAAGGAGGGUAAACCAUGAGAUGUUGGUACAGAUAGAGGAACAGUUGCAGAAGGAGACAACAGAGGAUUCACAGUUUAGAAACCAAUUUGGAAGUCGGUGGACACGACCUCAAUCGAGUACCCUGACAAAGAAUUUGCAGGACAGAUUAAAUAGGUUUACAGCUAAUCUGAAGCAAGCUGCAGAAAGUGAUGCUCGCAUCGAAAGAUCCGUUAGAGAAAACGCAGCACUUUUGUCAAUCCUUGACUGCCGUCCAAUUGAAUCUGCUCUGCCAACUCUCGCCAGGCCUAUAAUGUCUCUCGAUGCAAAUGAAGAUGCUGUGGUUGGAGCCUUGAAGCAGAAUUUGAGGCAAUUGGAGAUUCUUGGUUCUCACAGAGCAGGGCUGGAGGACAUGCUAAAAGAGAUGAAGAGGAAGGAUGACAUUCUACCUAAGUUGAUGACAUCUACUGGAUCUCAAGAGGAUCUUUUCAGGAAGGAGUUAUCGAAAUAUGACAGCAUUUGUCAAGAAAUUGCUGAGAACCUUGAUUCUCAGGAACACUUGUUAACUGAAAUCCAGGCUCAAAAUGAUGAGUUCGCUGCUAUCUUCAACCUAGAAGAUUAUAAAGCAUCCCGCGAAAAUGGAUACAGACAGAUUGAAGCUGCCAUAGCAAAGUUCCGUGAAAUUAAGGACAACAUCAAUGAAGGACUGAAGUUUUAUGUCACCCUUCAGGACGCUAUCACAAUCGUAAAGCAACAGUGCAGUGAUUUUGUGAUGACUAGAAAUAUCCAGUGUCGUGAGAUGCUUGAAGAUGUUCAGAAGCAGAUGUCUGGUCUUAGUUUCCAGGAUGGAAAAAACACUGCUAGUUACUCAUUUCCUUCUGCUGGGCAGCCUCAUCAGACUCAAAGAAUCAAUUCUCAACAGCAGCAGGAUCCGGGGUACGUGCCAAACUCAUCUCAACCUUCGGUUUCCACUUACCAACCACCACAGCAGCCAACUAUGCCCAUAUAUUCUCAAACUCCUCCAUAUAGAAGCCAGCAACAACCUACACCUCCCUAUCAUGCACCCGUUUCAAGUUCAUAUCAGCCUCCCCAACAGCAACAACCUCCAGCGAGCCAUGAAUAUGGGCAACCUGCAUAUCCUGGUUGGCGGGGUCAAUACUACAAUGCCCCUCCUCAGCAAGCUGGAUCAAUGCCGCGCCCUCCUUACACUAUUACACCUCCAUAUCCACCUUCCAACCAGAGUGGCUACUACAGACAGUGAAUUUUACUUACUAUCUGUGUCAAUGACUUCAUAUUGAUUUCCUCCAAUAUCAUUGUUCAGACAUUAGAGAGAUUGUGGUGUCGGCUUCUUCAAUAUUGAACUGUAACUGAUCUUGCAAAUGUGUUGGGUGCCUAGAGUUUGUGGUUUAUUCAUUAUUUUGUAUAUCAUUAUAGAGGUUUAGCACCUCAGUUGUAUAUGAUAAUAAUUGUGUGCUUGUGUGCUUUUUCCUAUAUAUAGCUAUAAUAUAAAUAUUUAAUACCA